GAGGGCCUGCGCCCACCCAGGAGCCCGCUCUGGUUUCUUCCACCUUUGCCAUCAGGUGUCUGCUGCGGAGCUGUGGCGUAUCCGGGAGACGAGAGGGGCUGACACCCGCUCCCACACAGGACUGCCAUUCAGCUGCCUCUUGGCUCUCCUCGGAGUAGCGGAUUCCACCGGCCCAACUGCCACCGCUCGCCACCCCCCAGGAUACCCCGAGAGGACUCGGGGAGCAGACACCCCCACCUUGGCCUUUCCACUUCUUCCGGCCUGUCUACCAGCCAGACCCCACUCAGUCCUUGCAGGAGCUCUCGUCCUCAACUUGGCCUCUUGGAUUUUUUCUGCCAGGGUCGUGACUAGUGGAUAUUCCUGCCGGCUGCGGCGGCCCGAUUGCCCUUUUGUUUUUCCUGCGUGACCUCGGGGAAGGUCCUGGUGCGGAGCGUCGCCAAGGACGCCAGGCGGGAGGCGGGAUUGCCGAGACAUCCUUCAGCGAAGUGCAUGUGUGUUUGCAAACCUCCCUCGGCUGUCGGGAGACGGCGAGGACCGGUCCGGGCUGCGGAGGAGCCGCAGGCCGGGGGGAGGCGGCGUGAGUGAGCCGCGCCAGGAGCCCCGCAGCGCCGCCCCGCGCCCCCCGGGCUGCGCGCCCGCCCCGUGCGCCCCCGCGCGCCAUGCUCAGUCGUCCGGCGCGCUCCGCUCCCGGCCCGCGAGGCUCCUGCGCCUUCUAGCUUCAGAGAGCCCACUUUGAUCGAGGCCACCAUUUCUAUUGAGCACCCCUCUUCUGUCUCGUACCCUCCCCCCUGGAAUCGGAUUUGCAGAGGAGGUCCGUGGAAUCGGAGCACCCUCCUUCCCCUUGCAACUGGCCCCUGCAUCUUCACGGCCGUUGGGAGCCCCAGCUCUUUUACCGCCAAGUUGAUCUUUGCGAGACAGACGACGCGUGAUCUCCUCCCGGCUGCUCUGGGGUCUCUUUGCAGCCUUGGCCGUUGAUCUUCAGGACCUAAAGUUGCCCGAGGAGCGCCUGACUUGCUGGAGGAGGGUGGAGGGGAGGAGGGAGGCGUGUACCUGUGUCAGCUCUACUGCCCUGAAUAUUAUUACUGUUACUUCCCUAUUAUUUUGUGCACAUUUACUCGGAUACUCUGAGUUGCUAGCCCCGCGCCAGGCACUGGGCCUGAAGACACAGCGCGGUUCGCGCGGAGCAACGAGCUAAAGAGUAACCCCCGGCGCCGGCGAGCGAGGAGGCGGCGGGGGAAGAUGCGCGGCGACGGCUGGCAGACACUGUCCCUCUCGCUGGGGUUAGUGCUGGUGAUCCUGAACGAGGUGGCGUCGCAGGCGUGCCCGGCGCAGUGCUCCUGCUCGGGCAGCACAGUGGACUGUCACGGGCUGGCGCUGCGCAGCGUGCCCCGGAAUAUUCCCCGCAACACUGAGAGACUGGAUUUGAAUGGAAAUAACAUCACAAGGAUUACCAAGACAGAUUUUGCUGGUCUUAGACACUUAAGAGUUCUUCAGCUCAUGGAGAAUAAGAUUAGCACCAUUGAAAGAGGAGCAUUCCAGGAUCUUAAAGAACUGGAGAGACUGCGUUUAAAUAGAAAUCACCUUCAGCUGUUUCCUGAGUUGCUGUUUCUUGGGACUUCGAAGCUAUACAGGCUUGAUCUCAGUGAAAACCAAAUUCAGGCAAUUCCAAGAAAAGCUUUCCGUGGGGCAGUUGACAUUAAAAAUCUGCAACUGGAUUACAACCAGAUCAGCUGUAUUGAAGAUGGGGCAUUUAGGGCUCUCCGGGACCUGGAAGUGCUCACUCUCAACAAUAACAACAUUACCAGACUUUCUGUGGCAAGUUUCAACCAUAUGCCUAAACUUAGGACUUUUCGACUCCAUUCGAACAACCUGUAUUGUGACUGCCACCUGGCCUGGCUCUCUGACUGGCUGCGCCAAAGGCCUCGGGUGGGCCUCUAUACUCAGUGUAUGGGCCCAUCCCACCUGAGGGGCCAUAAUGUAGCUGAGGUUCAAAAACGAGAAUUUGUCUGCAGCGGUCACCAGUCAUUUAUGGCUCCUUCUUGCAGCGUUUUGCACUGCCCGGCUGCUUGUACCUGUAGCAACAAUAUCGUAGACUGUCGUGGGAAAGGUCUCACUGAGAUCCCCACAAAUCUGCCAGAGACCAUCACAGAAAUACGUUUGGAACAGAACUCAAUCAAAAUCAUCCCUCCCGGAGCUUUCUCACCAUAUAAAAAGCUUAGAAGAAUCGACCUGAGCAAUAAUCAGAUCUCUGAAUUAGCACCAGAUGCUUUCCAAGGACUACGUUCUCUGAAUUCACUUGUCCUCUAUGGAAAUAAAAUCACAGAACUCCCAAAAAGUUUAUUUGAAGGACUGUUUUCCUUACAGCUACUAUUAUUGAAUGCCAACAAGAUAAACUGCCUUCGGGUAGAUGCUUUUCAGGAUCUACACAACUUGAACCUUCUCUCCUUGUAUGACAACAAGCUUCAGACCAUCGCCAAGGGGACCUUUUCACCUCUCCGGGCCAUUCAAACUAUGCAUUUGGCCCAGAACCCCUUUAUUUGUGACUGCCAUCUCAAGUGGCUGGCGGAUUAUCUCCAUACCAACCCCAUCGAGACCAGUGGUGCCCGCUGCACCAGCCCCCGGCGUCUGGCAAACAAAAGAAUCGGACAGAUCAAAAGCAAGAAAUUCCGUUGUUCAGCUAAAGAACAGUAUUUCAUUCCAGGUACAGAAGAUUAUCGAUCAAAAUUAAGUGGGGACUGCUUUGCAGAUUUGGCUUGCCCUGAAAAGUGCCGCUGUGAAGGGACCACAGUAGAUUGCUCCAAUCAAAAACUCACCAAAAUCCCAGACCACAUUCCCCAGUACACUGCAGAGCUGCGUCUCAAUAAUAAUGAAUUCACGGUGUUGGAAGCUACAGGAAUCUUCAAGAAACUUCCUCAGUUACGUAAAAUAAACUUUAGCAACAAUAAGAUCACAGACGUUGAAGAGGGAGCAUUUGAAGGAGCAUCAGGUGUAAACGAAAUACUUCUCACGAGUAAUCGUUUGGAAAACGUUCAGCAUAAGAUGUUCAAGGGAUUGGAAAGCCUCAAAACUUUGAUGCUGAGAAGUAAUCGCAUAAGCUGUGUAGGGAAUGAGAGUUUCAUAGGACUCAGUUCUGUGCGUUUGCUUUCUUUAUAUGAUAAUCAAAUUACUACAAUUGCACCGGGAGCAUUUGAUACUCUCCAUUCUUUAUCUACUCUAAACCUCUUGGCCAAUCCUUUUAACUGUAACUGCUACCUGGCUUGGUUGGGAGAAUGGCUCAGGAAGAAAAGAAUUGUAACGGGAAAUCCUCGAUGUCAAAAACCCUACUUCCUCAAAGAAAUCCCCAUCCAGGAUGUUGCCAUUCAAGACUUCACCUGUGAUGACGGAAAUGAUGACAAUAGUUGUUCCCCACUCUCUCGCUGUCCUAUGGAAUGUACCUGCUUGGAUACAGUAGUCCGAUGUAGCAACAAGGGCUUGAAGGUCUUGCCCAAAGGAAUUCCAAGAGAUGUCACCGAACUGUAUCUGGAUGGGAACCAAUUUACACUGGUUCCUAAAGAACUCUCUAACUACAAACAUUUAACACUUAUAGACUUAAGUAACAACCGAAUAAGCACCCUCUCUAAUCAGAGCUUCAGCAACAUGACCCAGCUUCUCACCUUAAUUCUUAGUUACAACCGUUUGAGAUGUAUUCCUGCUCGAACCUUCGAUGGAUUGAAGUCUCUUAGAUUACUUUCUUUACAUGGAAAUGACAUUUCUGUUGUGCCUGAAGGUGCUUUCAACGAUCUUUCUGCAUUAUCACACCUAGCAAUUGGAGCCAACCCUCUUUACUGUGAUUGUAACAUGCAGUGGUUAUCCGACUGGGUAAAGUCGGAAUAUAAAGAACCGGGAAUUGCUCGCUGUGCUGGUCCUGGAGAAAUGGCAGAUAAACUAUUACUCACAACUCCCUCAAAAAAAUUUACAUGUCAAGGUCCUGUGGAUGUCAAUAUUCUAGCUAAAUGUAACCCCUGCUUAUCAAAUCCAUGUAAAAAUGAUGGCACCUGUAACAACGAUCCGGUUGACUUCUAUCGCUGCACCUGUCCAUAUGGUUUCAAGGGUCAGGACUGUGAUGUCCCAAUUCAUGCAUGCAUCAGUAACCCAUGUAAACACGGAGGAACUUGCCACUUAAAAGAAGGAGUAAAAGAUGGAUUCUGGUGUAUUUGUGCUGAUGGAUUUGAAGGAGAAAAUUGUGAAGUCAAUGUUGAUGACUGUGAAGAUAAUGACUGUGAAAAUAAUUCUACGUGCGUGGAUGGAAUUAAUAACUACACGUGCCUUUGCCCACCUGAGUACACAGGAGAGUUGUGUGAGGAGAAGCUGGACUUCUGUGCCCAGGACCUGAACCCCUGCCAGCAUGACUCCAAGUGCAUCUUGACGCCAAAGGGAUUCAAAUGUGACUGCACGCCAGGAUACAUAGGCGAGCACUGCGACAUAGAUUUUGACGACUGUCAAGAUAACAAGUGUAAAAACGGAGCCCACUGCACCGAUGCGGUGAACGGCUACACGUGCAUCUGCCCCGAAGGAUACAGUGGCUUGUUCUGUGAAUUUUCUCCACCCAUGGUCCUCCCUCGUACCAGCCCCUGUGAUAAUUUUGAUUGUCAGAAUGGAGCUCAGUGCAUCAUCAGGAUAAAUGAGCCGAUAUGCCAGUGUUUGCCUGGCUACCAGGGAGAGAAGUGUGAAAAAUUGGUCAGUGUGAAUUUUGUAAACAAAGAGUCUUAUCUUCAAAUUCCUUCGGCCAAGGUUCGGCCUCAGACGAACAUCACUCUGCAGAUUGCCACAGAUGAAGACAGCGGAAUCCUCCUGUAUAAGGGUGACAAAGACCAUAUCGCCGUAGAGCUCUACCGGGGACGUGUUCGCGCCAGCUACGACACCGGCUCUCACCCGGCUUCUGCCAUUUACAGUGUGGAGACAAUCAAUGAUGGAAACUUCCACAUUGUGGAACUACUCGCCCUGGAUCAGAGUCUCUCCCUCUCUGUGGAUGGAGGGAGCCCCAAAAUCAUCACCAAUUUGUCAAAGCAGUCCACUCUGAAUUUUGACUCCCCACUCUACGUAGGAGGCAUGCCCGGGAAGAACAAUGUGGCUGCAGCUCUGCGCCAGGCCCCUGGGCAGAAUGGCACCAGCUUCCAUGGCUGCAUCCGGAACCUUUACAUCAACAGCGAGCUGCAGGACUUCCGCAAGGUGCCCAUGCAAACCGGCAUUCUGCCGGGCUGUGAGCCAUGCCACAAAAAGGUGUGUGCCCAUGGCACGUGCCAGCCCAGCAGCCAGUCGGGCUUCACCUGUGAGUGUGAGGAAGGAUGGACUGGGCCCCUCUGUGACCAGAGGACCAAUGACCCCUGUCUUGGAAAUAAAUGCGUACAUGGCACCUGCUUGCCCAUCAAUGCAUUCUCCUACAGCUGUAAGUGUCUGGAGGGCCAUGGGGGCGUCCUCUGUGAUGAAGAGGAGGAUCUGUUUAACCCCUGCCAGACGAUCAAGUGUAAGCAUGGCAAAUGCAGGCUCUCGGGACUUGGGCAGCCCUACUGUGAAUGCAGCAGUGGAUACACUGGGGACAGCUGUGAUCGAGAAAUCUCUUGUCGAGGGGAACGGAUAAGAGAUUAUUACCAAAAGCAGCAGGGCUAUGCCGCUUGCCAAACAACGAAGAAGGUCUCCCGGUUGGAGUGCAGAGGUGGGUGUGCGGGAGGGCAGUGCUGCGGACCUCUGAGGAGCAAGCGACGGAAAUACUCUUUCGAAUGCACUGAUGGGUCCUCCUUCGUGGAUGAGGUUGAGAAGGUGGUGAAAUGCGGCUGUACCAGGUGCGCCUCCUAAAUGCACCCCUGGCCUCUUUUGUCUUUGGAAAAUGUUGUAUACUUCUUGACCAUGUUGGACUCAUUAAUGCUUCAUAGUGGAAAUAUUUGAAAUAUAUUGUAAAAUACAGAACAGACUAUUUUUAUUAUGAGAAUAAAGACUUUUUUUUUCUGCAUUUGGAAAAAAAAAAAAAAAAGAAAUGCUUGAACUAAAGCUUCCCCGAUGCUGGAGAAGUAUGAAGAAAGAUGUACUUAGAGACAUGAGGACCACGUUGGGAACCAUCGUAUCUUGGAUUCAUCUUUGUAGCAUGCGGAAGACAAGCAGAAGCACAUCCACAAGGGAGAGGCGAGCUACUGUGCGCUGACGUGAAAUUGCCCAGAGCAUAAAACCCACGUGCCCUCGUGCGCAUGUCUACAGUUCACGAGGACAGACCAAGCACAUGUGUGUGAGUGAGGAUGCAAGGCAGAGGAAUGGAACUCCAGAAUUCACAGAUAGAACAAAUGGUUGAGAAAUAUUUUGUGCAAAAUAUAGUGUCCUGAAGACCUGGGUUCCAUUCAUGAGAGGAGAUGGGAGUGCUAAAAUAAAUUUUAUCUUCUUUUUAAACGUCAGCAUGUUAGCAGAAGAAGCACACAAAAGUGUUUAUCUACCAUUUUCCAGUAUUAAUUUUUUGUAAUAUAAAUGAUAAAGAAGAUGAUAAAGAACCAAUAGAUUAUUGAUAAAUAAAUUAGUAAUAAUAUGAAUUUUUGUUUCUAUGAGUUCUAAACAGCCCUAUACAGUAUUCAGUUUCAAUGAGAAAUAUUUAUUGUAUCAAAGUACAUUGUACUUAACAUUUUAGGCCAUCCUUUUGCUGUUCCUCGAUGCUUUAAUAUAUAUUAAUUUAUAAUUGUCCUGAUAUUUUUGUAUAUUUUUCAAACUUAAAAAUCAGGAUUUUUUGUUUUUCUGGCAAUAGUACUAACAUAGGGUGUUAUCUUGGGAUAAAUAUGUGUUGGUCUGUUUGUUUACCUUGACACCUGACCAUUGGUGUCAAUGACCUUCUGGCCUCCUUCGGGACACCUGCAGAGAGUGUGUAAAGUCUAUAUGUGAAAUGGUCGUUGUACAGAAAGAAGUGGCCCCUCUGCAAAUUGUCCUCGCAGAACGGAAAUGGUGCGUAGCAAUCGACACUAGAAAAGUAGAUCUUUCACAAAUUAAUAUUUCUUUGCCAUUUUUUGCCCUUCUAUUGGGGGUGGGGUGGGGAGAGAAAAGCUGUAAUGUCAAGAACUGUGAUUUUUUUUCCAAACAAUAAAGCUCCUUUAUUACUUUAAUGUUCCCAUGUUAACAUGUUUGCUGCUAAAUUACAAUGUAGAAUUGAUAAUGAUUUAUAGUGGACUGUGCUCUUCCCUCAUUAAAAUCCCAGGGUACCCUGUAAAAUGCAGAUGUUUCUUUCCAAAAACUUUUUUUUUUACAAAGAAAAUUAGAUGUACAUGUAUAAUUCAGUGUGCUUUGUCUUUCUCCAGACUAAUAUCAGUGACACUACUGAUGUUUGUAAAUUAAACAGAUAUUUACUU